AUGGAUGUUCUUGAUUACCUAGAGAGAUCAAUAACUGAUGAGGACAAUGUAAUACUCACUGCUCCACCUACAAUACAAGAGGUAAAGGACAGUGUUUUAUCUAUUGAUCCUGAUAGUGCACCAGACCCUGAUGGCCUGAGUGGUUGCUUCUACCAGAGUACUUGGGAUGUCAUUGCAAAUGAUUUGCACAUGGCAGUAGUAGCAGUCUUCUCAGGUGCUACCCUUCUUAAGUACUUCACACAUACUUGCAUUAUGAUGAUACCAAAAGUCCAACACCCCCAGAAAUUCGAUGAUUUAAGACCAAUAAGCCUCUGCAAUGUGUCCAGUAAGGUAAUAUCUAAAGUCAUCAAUACCAGAUUGUUAGGUAUCCUCCUAAGGAUCAUAUCCAAGAAUCAAAGUGGCUUUGUCAAAUGGAGGGCCACCACUGAAAAUAUUUUAUUAGCCCAGGAAAUCCUAAAUGACAUCAAGAAGCCUAACAGAGGGAAGAAUGUUGUUAUAAAUCUUGACAUGACCAAAGCUUAUGACAGAGUAUCCUGGUCAUACCUCUGUCAGGCCUUGAGAAAUAUGGGCUUCUCUGAUGAAUGGACAUGGUUUCUUCAAGUCCGGAAGAGGUCUGAGGCAAGGAGACCCCUAUCCCCCUCUUUGUUCAUCCUCAGUGCUGAACUCCUGUCCCAAAUGCUCAAUAAGCUUCAGAAUUCUCUAGGUCACAAAGGAUUCUAUAUGAAGAAUUAUGGGCCCCAAAUCAAUCAUCUUACUUUUGCUGAUGAUACUAUUCUCUUCUGUAAUGGGAGCAAGAAGUCUCUAAGGAAAGUUGUGAAUACUUUAAAGGAAUAUGAGCUUAUAUCUGGACAGCUGAUAAACAAGAGCAAAAGUAACUUUUCUAUGGAUGAUAACACUGAUGUUGGCAACAUAGUUAGAGUUCAACAAGCCACAGGAACAAAGAAACUGGCACACUUCUCAGGAAUCAUUGACAAGAUCAUAAAUAGAAUCAGAGGCUGGCACACUAAUCUAUUAUCUACAGGAGGAAGAGCAGUUCUAAUUAGACAUGUUCUAUUGGAUUUUCCUAUCCCCCUUCUAUCAGCUGUACAUCCUCUUAAAAGAACUUUGGAAACCAUUGAGAAAUACAUGGCCAGGUUUUUAUGGUCAGGACAAGACAGUGGAGGCAAGCAUCAUUGGGUAUCAUGGGAGAAUAUUUGCUUUCCAUAUCAAGAAGGAGGCUCAAAGACACUUGCGAAGCUUUCAAAGCCAAGCAGUGGUGAAGCCUCAGAAAUUCCAACUCUCUUUGGAGUGAAAUCAUGA